AUGGCGUAUUUGGCAUCUAUUCACAGACCCAGCAGCGUCCGGCACGCGCUGAAGCUGAACUUCCUCAGUGCCGAAGAUGAUACCCUUGUGGUGGCCAAGGCCAACCGCCUAGAGUUCUACGCUCAACAACAAGAUGGCCUCGUGUUACAGCACUCAAAGGCCAUCUAUGGCAAAGUCAUCAUGCUACAAAGCAUUCGUCCCGCCUCGUCCGAGACCGAUCACCUCUUCGUCGGAACCGAUCGAUACAUGUACUUCACUCUCUCAUGGGAUGCCGCCAACAAGCAACUACGAACCGAGAAUAGUUUCAAAGAUCUGUCAGACCGAGCAGCAAGAGAAGCACAACUGGGAGAACGGUGCAACAUCGAUCCUACACGGAGGUACAUGACUAUCGAGAUCUACGAGGGAAUCGUUUCUGUUAUCCCCAUUACACACGAAAGCAAGCGCAAAUCAAUCUCGACGGCUCAGCUGGGCGACAUAGGCGAACCGACCUCCGUCAGGAUACCCGAAUUAAACGUACGGUCAUCGACUUUCUUGCACAGGAGGAGCGAAAAGGCAAAGCCACAACUAGCCUUGCUCCACGAGGACUCUAUGGGAAAAGUCCGCCUAAAGGUCCGCGACCUUGAAUACACUUCGUCACUCAAGUCCAACGAGCCUGGCACAGCUGAACUUGAGAAUGAACAAGACGCAGAUGAAGAGUUGGAUCUGGGUGCCAGCCAUCUCAUACCUCUACCCCACCCAGCCUAUGGCGUGCUCAUUCUGGGAGAGACGAGUAUCUCAUAUUGCGAAGAGUUUGAUGGCAGAAUGGCCAAAGUCGCAAAGAGCGAACCACUGAAAGAAGCCACAAUCUUUGUCGCCUGGACACAAAUCGAUGAUCAGCGUUUCGUGCUUGCCGACGAAUACGGUAAGCUAUACUUGCUGAUGGUGACGUUAAAUAGCAAGAACGAUCUCGAGGGCUGGAAGCUGGAUAUUAUCGGUGAGACUUCACGAGCGUCAACCUUGGUAUACUUGGAUGGUGGUCGCAUCUUUGUGGGCUCACACCAAGGCAACUCUCAACUCAUUCAAAUCACUCCCGGCUCUAUUGAGAUUCUUCAAACCUUCCCGAACAUCGCGCCUAUCCUCGAUUUCACUGUCAUGGAUAUGGGCAAUCGCUCUUCUGAUGCUCAAGUCAACGAGUAUUCCUCAGGACAGGCCCGCAUCGUCACAGGUAGUGGUGCGUUCAAGGAUGGUAGUCUGCGUAGUGUGAGAAGUGGUGUCGGUCUGGAAGAUCUUGGUUCGAUUGGCGAGAUGGAAAACAUCACCGAAGUCUUCAGCCUGAAAUCGAGUCCAGCGCUCGAAUUUGCAGACACGUUGGUUGUAUCAUUCAUUGCACACACACGAGUGUUCAACUUCUCCUCUGACGGCGAUGUUGAGGAAGUCGACAACUUCAAGGGAAUGGAUCUGUCUCAAAGCACGCUGUUCGCUACCAAUCUUGCUAAGGGCAGGAUCCUGCAAAUCACCGCUUCUUCCAUCCAUAUCCUCGACCCCGACAGUGGCAUGAGUCUGGCCAGCUGGUCGCCUGAGGGUGCCUCUUCCAUCGCUGCAGCUUCAGUAGCGGACAACAAUAUCUUGGUCUCUGUUAGUGGCGUUGGUCUUUCGAUGCUCGACGUCUCUGGCGACAACGUCAAGGUAACGGCAUCGAGAACAUUCGACGCUGGCUCACAAGUUGCUUGUAUAUCUUUAUCACCCACGCUACGAAACAUUUGUGUUGUUGGGUUCUGGCAAGACGCAAGCAUAUCGUUGCUCGACGCUUCUUCAUUGAAGACUAUCCAUUCGGAGACGAUCGAUGAAGAGAGCAUAGCAGUUCCUCGCUCGCUACUCGUCGCUCCGAUCUUGGAAGGCUCUUUACCAACACUGUUUAUUGGCAUGGCAGACGGAAAUGUUGUUACGUACUCGAUUGAUCCUAGCACCAAUGCUCUCUCAUCAAAGAAGAGUAUCAUCCUUGGUACGCAACAGGCCAGCUUCAAGGCCCUGCCUAAAGGCGACGGUCUGAAUACUGUGUUUGCCAUCUGCGAGCACCCGAGUCUGAUUUAUGGGUCAGAGGGUCGCAUUGUAUACUCUGCCAUCACAGCAGAAGAUGCAACAUGUGUAUCUCCUUUCGACACCGAGGCUUUCCCCAACGCUAUUGCAAUUGCCACGGCGAACGAACUCAAGCUUGCUAUCGUGGACGAGGAAAGAACUACUCACGUGCAGACAUUACCAGUCAAUGAAACUGUCCGCAGAAUUGCAUACUCUGCCGACUUACGUGCCUUUGGUCUGGGUACGAUCAAGCGCACUAUCAAGGAUAGCUUCGAACACAUUGAGAGUCACUUCAAGCUUGUGGACGAAGUUGCAUUCCAAGAGUUGCACACAUUUGCUCUCAACCAAGAAGAACUGGUCGAGAGUUGCAUUCGUGCCAAGCUAGAUGAUGGCACUGGCGAUCUCGUCGAGCGUUUCGUGGUAGGCACGAGCUAUAUUGAGGAGGAUGUGGGAGAUGCACCUAGAGGUCGUAUCUUGGUGUUCGAGGUGACGGAAGAUAGACACCUCAAGCUCGUGACCGAGCAUGCCGUCAAGGGCGCCUGCAGAUGUCUAGCAACGUGCGAGGGUCGCAUUGUGGCUGCUCUCGUCAAGACAGUCGUAAUGUACAACUUCAAAUACGAGACGGCGAGCCGACCAUUCCUCGACAAGGUCGCUAGCUAUCGAACAUCCACAGCACCCAUCGAUAUCUCGGUUACAGGUGACCAUAUCGCCAUUGCCGACCUGAUGAAGAGCAUCUCUGUCGUGCAAUACAAGAAAGGCAUCAACGGUCAAGACGAUACGCUCAACGAAGUCGCCCGCCACUACGACACCACCUGGGGCACAGCUGUCGCCAACAUCUCACCAAACACCUACCUCGAAAGCGACGCGGAAGGCAAUCUACUUGUCCUCAACCAAGACAUCAAUGGUUUCUCGGAAGAGGACAAGCGCCGCCUGCGUGUACUUUCAGACAUGCAACUCGGCGAAAUGGUCAAUCGCAUCCGCCACAUCGAUAUCCAACCCACUCCGAAUGCCAUCGUUAUCCCCUCUGCUUUCCUCGCCACUGUCGAGGGUAGUAUCUACCUGUUCGCUACUAUUGCACCACAACAUCAAGAUACACUCAUGCGCUUGCAAGAGAAUAUGGCAGAAAAGGUCAGCAGUCCUGGUAAUGUGCCGUUCAACCGCUACCGCGCGUACAAGACUACGGUGCGUGACAGUGAAGAACCCAAUCGUUUCGUUGAUGGAGAAUUGAUCGAUCGCUUCUUGGACUGCGAUGAGAAGUUGCAGGAGGAAAUCGUGCAAGGUCUCACUGUUGAUGUCGAAGAGGUCAGGGGGAUGGUUGAGGCAUUGAGGAGACUGCAUUAA